AUGGCAAAGAUCCAAAGCUUUGGCAACCAGGACCUGUCCAAUACUUCGUGGGCUUUUGCAAAGAUGGCUGUUUCAAACGCGAUGAUGAUGACAGCAAUCGGGAAAAAGCUGGUCACCAUGGUCAAGGACUUGAUCCCGCAGGAUCUGGCAAACACCGCAUGGGCCUUUGCCACCCUGGGUCUUCCCGACAGUGACCUCAUGGAUCAGAUCUUACUGGAGGUCAUCGCCAAGGUGAGCGAUUUCUCCACCCAGAACCUGGCAAAUACUGCCUGGGCAUAUGCGAAGCUUGGGCUCUGGAAUGAGCGGCUUAUGCAGACGCUUUCCCUGGCAAUUGUCCGCAAGGCCAUGUUGCUCGCACAUGUCCUGCAGUCAAAGACUUCGAUGGGCAGGGCCUGGCCAAUGUGGCCUGGGCUUACGCAGUACUGGGCUUCAGGCAAGAGGCUCUCGGAAGCUCUGCUCGCCGCUUCCCUUGAGAAGAUCGCGGCCCAAGAGUUCGGAGCACAGGACUGUGACACCUACAAAAACACGGAGUUGGCGAAUCUGGCCUUUUCCUUCGAUGUCACGGGCGACGAAGAUCGUUUGCGAGCCUUCCUGGAGGCCGCGGUGCCUCGCUUUCUGUCGGUUGAUGGUUUCUCGGAUGCCGCAGCCAGUACUGAGCUCGCGAACAUCGUGGCUCGCCACCGGUUUCGGAGCAGAGGUGCGGAAGAAUUAGAUGUGGAGUUUCGCCAGCGCUUCUUCCACCCUGUCUUGAGGGCAUUGCAGAAAUGUGCGACGCCCGGAGGAGACUCUGUGGAGGAGUCUGACAAAAUCGUCGAGGAGCUAGCGGAAGAGGUGACAACAGCCGGACUCACAAAUUUUGGUUACGUCUAUGCACGACAGGCCAUGCAAGAGCUAGGUUUUCGGAUCUGCGAUGGGAGCGAACGCCCGGAAUGGGUGAUGGAAGCCAGAGCGUUGGCAAGAAGCCAGCUGGAGGAAUGGCGUAUUCCUGGCACCGAAAACAUUGUCGCCGUAAUCUCCUACGAGCUGCACUACAGCGGUGAGGUGCUGCGCCGCGAGCCCACGGUGGUCACGAGCGGCUGGGCCGAAGGCGUCCACGAUGAGGUCAAGGCCAUGUUACGGCCGGUGGAUGCCCGGGGCUGGUCCUGCGAGUCCUACUCUGAGCGAGUGGCGCUACUGGAACUUAUUGAGGCUGCCAGAUGCAGGUUCGGCGAUGAAUCCGUGUCGGAGCUGACGGGCUGGGUCCGGAUGUACCACUCGCAUCACACAAGUGUGACGGGGCUUGGAGUGUUUUGCCAGUUUCGUCGCCACGUCCCCAAGGUCAGCUUGGACUUGGACUUUGAUGGAGCCUGGUACACAUGGGCGGGCAACCCUCGUCCGUUAACAAUGCUCUCCGAUGAAGAGAGCCUCUACUACUACGGCUGA